UGGCCUGGGGCCCUUCCUGGGCCCCCCCGGGGGUCCUGGUCCCUGCUGGCCUGGGGCUGGUUGGAGCCAUGAUCCCCACCUUCCCUCUGCUGCUGCUGCUGUGGCUCCAGGACCGAGUCUCAGGUGGCCCUGCUGAGAAUGUGUAUUCCAAAGUGCACCGCUAUGAAGGAGACACGCUGUCUGUCCAGUGCACGUACAAGGGCCGCAAGAACCAGGUGGAGGACAAAGUCUGGUGCAAAAUCAGAAGGAAGAAGUGUGAGCCUGGCUUCACUCGGCUUUGGGUGUCAGGGCCACGAUACCUGCUGCAGGACGACAUCAAGGCCAAGGUGGUCACCGUCACCAUGCUUGCCCUGAGGCGCCAGGACUCCGGCCGCUACUGGUGCAUGCGCAACAGCUCCGGCACCCUCUACCCUCUGACGGGCUUCCAGCUGGAAGUGUCUCCAGCCCCCACCACCAAGAGGAGCAGCCCUCGCACCCACUUGACCAAAGCGCUCAAGAGUGACACUGUCCACACCAGGGGUCAACCCCCCACCUCGGGCCUGGGGACAGCCCUCACCAGCAGGGGACCACUGCUCACCCCGGGACCCGUCACCGUGGCCCGACUCUUACCCUCCACAGCCUCAGGGACCUUCCGGCUGAGUUCCGUGUCCAGCUACAGCUUCCCCGGCCCAGGGCCCUCGUCCACGGGCCCCAGGAGGGCCCCAGAGUCCCAGACAGAGACAGCGUCUCCCCAGCAUGCUGGCCUGGAGCCCGCUGCCACCCAUGCUGGGCACCUGAGCACCGGAUCACCCACCACAGGAACGUGCCACACCAGCAUAUCUUUCCUGGACACGCUGCCCCCCACCAGACGCCAGGAUUCCUCCCCCGCUGUGCUCGUGGGGGCGCUGGCCCUGGUCCCGGUGCCCCUGAUGCUCAUCGUGGUCUACGGGUUCUGGAAGAAGAGACACGUGGGAAGCUACAGCAUGUGCCACAACCCCACCGGAACCUGGAAGCCACUGCUCAGUAGACCGGAGCCUUUGUGGAAGCCGGCAUGGUCCGAGGCCACCUAG